AUACUCAAACUUAAAAAAGGACUUCCAAAACCCUCAUAUAACAUGGUUAAAGUACAAAUCCUUUCCAUUCUUCUUCUUUCUCUCUUGUUCAUGAGUUCCAUGCUGUACGCAUCUGAAGCAAGGCCAUUGAGAGAUUCGAAGUCGCAAAGUGCGGAUUUCAUUAAAGAGAUAAAGGACAUGUUUAAAGGGUUGUCUCUCGAUGCUGUCAAGGUUUCAGGUCCGAGUCCAGGCGUUGGACACAGGUAUAAGAAUCUUCAAACUCUUGGACUAGGAAAUAAGGCUAUCAUAAAGAACUCUGGCCCUAGCCCUGGCGAGGGACACAAACCUGCUAAACUCGAUCGGCCGUAAACCCGAUCGGACAUUGAUUCUAUUUGUUUUUCUACCUUGCUAAUUGUUAAGAGACCUCUUGUAUCAUGACUGUUAUAUAUACUAUAUGUAAACAUGCAGCAGGUUACUUCGCAUGUACUCUGUAAUUUGGCAAACAUACAUUGUACAUUACCUGUAGCCUUUGUUUUUUCCAUAUUUACAUUAAAAUAAAAUGAGGAGUUAGCA